AGAAACAAAGAACCUUAGCAAUGAUGAUUAUCAAGCCAUUACCGAAGGCCUGAAAAAGAUUUACAGUCAAAAAAUCAAGUCUCUGGAAACUACUUAUAAUUUUGAGGGAUUUCAUUCACCUCCGUUAACAGAUAGUGAUAUAGAAGCCAAACCUAUU